AUGAGAUAAUUGAUCUCUUCUCCCAAUAAAAUAUUUAAUUACCUUGAAUUUACAAGUAUUAUUUCCAUUAAACUUUAGCUUUUUUUAUUUUGAUAGCAGUUUUGAGUACUAACAUAGAAAUAAUUGAUAUUGUUCGUACUACUAUAGCUACUUUUUUCUUUAUAAGUUAUUAGGUUUCAGUUUUCUUAAAAGAAAGUCCUAAGAAAAAAAUUGAAGAAUAACCAGCUGAAAAAUUACCAAUGAAAAUAGAAACUGAUUAAAUUAUGGCUUCACCGUAAUAAAAUUAAAGAUAAACAAUAAAUCCAGAAAUUGUUCUUGAUGAUUUUUUAGCAGUAGUUGAAUGUAAUUAAAUGAUGAUGGAUAUAUUAUCUGAUUUAAAUUAUAAUGACCCAAAUAAAUUCUUAUAAGAAAUUAGUAUAAUAAAUAUAGAUUCAAUUUCAGAAAAGAAAUUAGGAAAAUGGAGAGAAGAAACUUUACUGAAUUUACUAAAAAGAAUAAUUAAUAAAAGAUCUGAAAUUUAGGUUUAAGUUUUGGAUUAUAAUCAUCCAUCUAUUCAAAAAUAUUUAAUUUUGAUUCAUUACAAAAAUUAAUUUGAAAUCUAAUUCUUUUAAGUAAAUGAAAGAGAUACAUAUAUUAAAAAGAAAUAUUUAAGUUAGAUUUUGUAUUAAUUAUUUAAAACAUUUUCACAUGAAUUUGGAACAUUAUUAAAUUAUCUCUUAGCCUUAUCAUAAGUAGCAAUAGAUUAAUUUCCAAAUUAAGUUUGUUUUUUUCAACCUAUAAAAUCAACAGGUUAGAUUAUGCAUCAUUUUGUUUAAGACAUGGUAGAUUAUAGUGAUAUGUUAAAUAAGAAAUUUUAAUUAUAAUUUGCACUUAUUGAUGUUGAGAAUUUACUUUAAGAAGUAAUAGGAUUCUAUCAGAAAUAAAUAGAAGAAAAGGGUUUAACAAUAACUUACAAAAUUAUACUUGAAGAAAAAUCAAAAGUUUUUGAUGGUCGAAGAUGUAAAUAAGUAUUGAGUAAUUUAAUUGCAAAUGCUUAAAAAUUUACAGUUUCAGGAGGAAUAAAGAUUAUUGUAACUGAAUAAUCAGGAUUCACAAUAUUUUCAGUUGAAGAUACUGGUUUUGGAAUGACUUAAGAAACAUUUGAUAAUUUAAAUUAGACAUUAGAAAAUGAAUUUAAGUCUGAAUAGAAGAUUUCAUAAAAUACAGCUGGAUUUGGAUUAGGUUGUUAUUUAUCACAUCAAAUUGCAUUGAAAUUAUCGAAUUAAUCAAUAUAUGCUGGUGGAGGUUUAAAAUAUGUAAGAUUAGAAAAAGGAAUUCGUGUUUCUUUUCGUGUAAAGAAUUAACCAUUCGAAAUAUUUUAUACAAGUUGUGAUAUUUCAACUGCUAAAUCUGGUAUUUUAUUUAAUGAAAAUGGAUAUUUCGAUUCGCGAUAAUCUGUAAUAGAUUUGCAACUUACAACUCGUCAUAAAAAUGGAGAUAAUCAUUUUUUAAUGACUAUGACUAAAAAAUCUGGUUUAUUAUCAGCAUCAUUUUAACCAAAUUAAAUGGUUGAUUAUGUAGAAUAAGAAUUGAAAUAAGAAAAUGAAAUUGUUGAAAAAAUGAAAUAAACUAAAAAAAUUAAAAAAAGAGAAAGUCAAAAAAAAUCACCUACUUUUGGAGUAUCUGUAGCUGAUAUAGCUGGUGUAGAAACAAUAAGAGAAUAACCUUAUAUCUUAAUUGUGGAUGAUGAAAUGAUUAACAUUAUUAGUCUUAAGAUUAUGCUUAACCAAUUUAAUAUUAAAUGUGAUUCUGCAUUCAAUGGAUUAGAAGCUGUUAAUAAAGUAAAAUAAUGUAUAAAUAUUUGAAUAUUUUAUAGCUAAUGAUAUGUUUGAUGUAAUUUUUAUGGAUGUUAAUAUGCCAAUAAUGGAUGGAUUUUAAGCUACAGAAUAAAUUUAGAAGUUUGAUGAUAGAAAUAUAAUAGUGGCAUGCACUGCUUUUACUGAUGUAGAAACAAAAACUAAAUGUUAUUCUGUAGGAAUGAAAUACUAUAUUAAUAAACCAGUUACAAAACUAGAGCUUGUAAAAUUAUUGAAUCACUUGAAUUUAAUUAUAUAAUGA